UAAUUACCGUACGCCUGUGACACGUCAAUGGCUGUGCUCGCCGCCCCCUGAAUGGCCUAGGCUGAUGGCUGACUACUCCGCGAACCACUGAAGGACACGACACCACCACUGUUGAGGACACAGCAAGACAGGGGAAUUAGUCUGACAGAGCUGCCCAGAGAUGGCUUCUGUGGUGUUCAAAGAAUUCGAGGAAGACAGCAGCUACGCUCCCUUUCUGAAGGAUGACUUUGACGUGCAGAGCCAUGUCAGCCAGCUGGUUCAAGGCCUGGUCAUCAGCGACCACCUCAACAAGCUGACCCUUGGCCUGAACAGUCUAGAACGAGAGAUAGAAAACCAGGUUGGCAGCCACUAUGAGGACCUGCUGUUCCAGGCCACCAGUGUGGAGACCCUGGAGGACAUUCUCAACACUAUGCACACCAGGAUACAGACUCUCCUAGCGGGUGUGGAGAGGGUGAGGGUGCGGGUGGUCGAGCCAUACCAGCGGGUGGAGCGCCACACCCUAAUGCUGGGGCGGCUGCAAGCAUCCUGCGAGCUGCUCCGCCGGGUGAUCCGCUGCCUCAUGCUCUCCCAGCGCCUCCAGCAACAGUUGUCCAGUGAGCCGAGGGACAUCACCAAGGCCGCCAUCAGCCUCAGUGAGCUAGACCACCUGGGUCGGGACAUGGACCUGACGGGCCUGGAGGUGCUGGAGAAGGAGCAGCGGCUGGUCCGUCAGGCUCGCAGCGACGUGGAGAAGCAGGCGUCCCUCAUGAUGGACCGUGGCAUGGAGCUGCAGAACCAGACGCAAGUCGGGACGGCGCUGCAGGUGUUCCAUAACCUUGGGAUGUUGGUGAGCAGUGUGGAGAGGGUGCUCACCGCCCUCACCACCUCCCUCAACCGCAGUGUGGCAUCAGCACUGGACGUCAACGCACUCCUGCAGAUGAUACAGACCACUAGGAAAGGUGGUGGUCCAGGGAAGGCCGUCAUGCCAGCCCCAGGACAGUCAGUACAGUUCCGUGCAUCGCUGUGGUCCAACUUGGAGAAGCUGAUGGACGACAUCUUCCAUGUGUGUGUCCAGACCUCACACCUGCACAAGGUUCUGGCCAAGAAGAGAGACCCAGUGACCCACGUGUGCUUCCUGGAGGAGGUGCAGAAGACCGGCAAGCUGGACCUGUUCAGCAGUGUGUGGCAGAGUGUGACGCGCAUCCUCACCCAGGAGUUUGCUAAGGCUGCACAGGAGUCCACCGUCAUCCGGCAGUACCUAGAGGUGGACUACCCCAAGCUGGUGCGCCUGUACGGAGACCUGUGGCGGCGGCUGGAGGGGGUCACUAUGGACAUGAGGACCGCCACACCAGACCUCUCCAUGGCCAGCACCUCUACUGAUGAAGGUGACCCAGACCACAGUAACGGGAAGACACAGAGCUUUGACCCAGAGGAGGCCCUGAGGUGCACUCUGGUUCCCCUGGAGGAGGCCUACCUCUCCCGCUCCCGGUCGAGGCUCCUGGACCCUGUAAACCUCAUGUUCGUGGCCCAAGACGCCCCCCUCGCCAAGGAUGAGAUGGACGCACUUAUCAAAACCAUCACGAGUGAACUAAAUGUGUCUGCAGUGGACAAGGCGCUGAGUGAGACAGUAGCCCGCAAUGUGGCAGAGGCCCUCCAACUCUUCUGUAACAAGUGCCAGCAGCUGAUAGACACAAGUGGGGAUGCCAGCCAGGUCAUAGACCCGCCCACGCCUGCCCAGGUGAUGAAUGUGCAUGUGGUGAACCAGCUGUUUUACGUGAGGAACCAGGUGGAGCGCACGGCCACUGCCACCCUUGCCCACCUGCCACCACCUGUCACCAACACUCUCCUGCAGGCUCUCCCUGCCAUUGAUGAGCUGAUGUCGUUGGCCGUGCAGCCUUUGUUUGAGUCCAUCAGGGACGCCAUUGAGGCAAUCAUCCUCACCAUGCACAAGGAAGACUUCUCAGGGACUGACACGAGUGGGACGGACUCUCAGUGCUCCCUGUACAUGAAGGAGCUGCAGCGCUUCAUCACCAGGGCGUCAGAGGAGUACCUGGCCCCCUACCACCCCUCGGACACCAUCAAGAACAAGACUCAGGCUGUGGCAUGUCGGUGCCUGGAGCUGUUUGUGCGCCACGCCAGUCUGCUGCGGCCCAUCGGGGAAGGGGGAAAGAUGCGCCUCGCAGCAGACUUUGCACAGAUUGAGCUUGCCGUCAGUCCACUGUGCGGCCGCACCUCAGAGCUUGGCCGGCCCUACCGUAUGGUGCGAGCCUUCCGGCCGCUGCUCUUCCUCACCACAGAGCACAUCGCCUCCUCCCCCAGCGUGGGUGAGGUUAUUCCCUUCUCUACCGUCCUUCACUUCCUCUUUGCCAGAGCUCCGCAAGAGAUGCGAUCACCUCACCAGAGUGCCGGUUGGUCAGUCAGUCGGUACAGCACGUGGCUAGACGAGCACCCGGAGGAGAGGGAGCGUCUUCAGCUGGUCAAGGGUGCCCUGGAGGCCUAUGUUGCCGGGGUGCGCGCCAGGAACCUGACCCAGUUUGCCUUGGUCUACCCCACCAUGCUGUCACUGCUGGAGAAGGGCCUGGCUUUCCACUCUUCUGCCUCCAAGACGUAGCUCACACCACCCAGAGAAACACACAGGAAAAUGUUUGUUUGAAAUAGAGGGUUUACUUUAUUAGAACCAAAAUAAAGUAUGAUUUUGUGCUCAGAUAUAAGGUCAUAAUAACUGAGAAUAUACAGUAAUAACUCGGUUUAUGAGUGCCUUACUUUAUGAGCAAAAAAAAUUCACUAAAAAUGCCUUGGCUUACGAUCGGUGACUUGGUGUACGAACAUCCUGUUUGUACAAGUUGAAGUCAUGAGUGUGGGCUCCCUUUGUUCGCCACGAGACGAGAGCGCUCAGAGCGGAAAACAAUGGGAAUGGGGUCUCAGUCCAUAUCGUACACUCGCAGAGGUAGCAUCCACGUGCUCAUUUCCACUUAUGUUUGUGCUCUAGUGUGUGAUCUUUGUAUUUUCAGAACUACAGUGUGCGUCGUUUUGAUUUACAAGUUUUUUUGGUUUUCGAACAAAAUCCCGGAACGAAUUAAACUUGUACACCGAGGUAUGACUGUACUUUGAUGCACCUAAACAGUUCACCAUAAGUAGAAUGACAAUUCCAUUAAGUAUUAUAGCAAAGAAAAAGUUGAAAAUUACCCAUGAAUAUGAAUAGCAGAAAAUUUGUGUUGGUUUGUCGACUGCACUUGAGAAAUGAACACACACAAGUCUUUUUGUAUGUGUAUCUAUAUAUAUAUAUUUUUUUUUUCUGUAUUUGUUUGUGUAACUCUCUCUCUCUCUCUCUCUCUCUCUCUCUCUCUCUCUCUCUCUCUCUCUCUCUCUCUCUCUCUCUCUCUCUCUCUCACACACACACACACACACUUCUUUACUAUUUAUUAGAUUUGAGCUCACCCUUGUAUUUAUCUAAACUGAUAGCCAAUACAGUCUAUGGCCGAGUUACUUUCAUCUCUGUUUCCAAGACUAUUGUUAUGUUUUUUUUAUAAAGUUGUAUGCUGUAUAUAAUGUUGUGGUUACUUAAGCUAGGACCUGCAUACUGUUUGUGAUAAUCUAUAAGUGUUGCAGCACAAGCUCAGUUUUAAAUUCAUUGAGUUUUGUGCCUUUUAAUAAAAAAUCUGAUUUA